AUGACGGAGAUCAAUGCCAACACAAGAUGGUUACAAAAUGGUAUCACGGUCGCUGGAGGUAAUGAAAGAGGAAAUCGGUUAAAUCAACUCAAUCAUCCAUGGGGUAUAUGUAUUGAUGAUGAUGAACAAACUAUGUAUAUCGCUGAUACUUCUAAUCAUCGCAUUAUCGCAUGGAUGUAUGGAGCAACGAAUGGCCAAAUCGUGGCUGGCGGGAAUGGAUCAGGAAAUCGAACUGAUCAGUUAAAUAAUCCAAAAGAUGUUGUUGUUGAUAAAGAGAAUGAUUGUCUCAUUAUCUGCGAUCAAGGUAACAGUCGAGUGGUGCGAUGGCCUCGUCGGAAUGGCACAAGUGGACAAACAAUCAUCUCCGAUGUUGGAUGUACAGGAGUAGCAAUGGAUAAUGAUGGAUAUUUUUAUGUUUCUGACUACAAGACCCAUGAAGUACGUCGGUGGAAAACAGGAGAUACUUGUGGAACAGUAGUAGCAGGUGGUCGUGGACAAGGUGAUCGUCUUGAUCAACUCAACAGCCCUAGGUGUAUCUUUGUCGAUCAAGAUUAUUCAGUUUACGUAUCAGAUGAGAAAAAUCAUCGUGUGAUGAAAUGGAUAAAAGAUGCAACAGAAGGGAUUGUCGUUGCUGGUGGUCAAGGCAAUGGAAAUGAUCCAGCUCAAUUGUCUGACCCUCGUGGAGUAAUUGUUGAUAAGUUAGAUACAGUCUAUGUGACAGAUAAUGGAAACGAUAGAGUGGUGUGUUGGUUACAAGAGGCUAAACAAGGUACUGUUGUUGUUGGUGGAAAUAAUCAAGGAAAGGAAUCAAACCAACUCUGUUAUCCUCAAGAUUUAUCAUUUGAUCGACAAGGCAAUCUCUAUGUUGUCGAUCAUGCCAAUCAUCGAAUACAACGAUUCAGUAUUGAUUUAAGUUCCAGUUAG